GCGACGCAGGUCACGGUUUUAUUCAGAGCUUCAACACAUUGAAGUGACGAUAGUUCGAAGAGUCCACAAUCUACUUUCAUUACACAGACACUGUUUUGCAGUUUUGCCUAAACUCUCGCAAGGUGCCCGUGUGAGGAAACGUCAGUAAAUCGGAUCACUCAUUUAAGAUAUGAGGAUGGCUCUUGUCUUGGUCUUUCUCCUGACUGCCUUGGUUGUUGGCCUUAACCAGAUUGAGGCCAACCCAAAUUACAGCCCAGAAACAAGAGACAAGCUCGCGGAGCUGUUGCGUCGUAUGAUAAGUCUUGAGGAUGAGAAGGCAGUAGACAUCGCUGCGGGUGCCGACCCAGAUGGACUCUUCCAAAAGUGUGUUUGCAUGACUCCUACGCAUACGGACUGCACAUGCAGCGGUCACAUUGGAACUGGAGUGUGGGCCUCGAUGCACAGCUCGAUUGAUUCGCAGAACGAGGCUCUCGUAACACUGACUUGCAACGAAAAGACACUCAUCAAGAAAGAAGAAAACAAUCCUUCGCGAAACGGGCCCGAGGUUUGCUCCCCGGUGACUGAGUGUGGGGGCGCUAACGUGAAGAUCUGCUUCAAAAUAUACGAUUUGGAGAUACCCGACAGCCCGGGGGAAUCAAGCAAGGGCUGCACGGACGUCACGGUCAGCUUCAACGGUGGAACAACCAAGAAAUACAAGCAGUGUGUUCCCGGAACUCCAGUCAACUAAACACGCGCGCCUAGCCCCCAUUAUCCUGGGGUUUUUUUUCUGCAAAGAAGUGUACAGGUAAAAUUGACCAUAAUGCGCAUGCGUCAGUUGUUAAUGGAUGGUUCUCGGAUUUUUACUAAGGGAAUAAAUGUGUGCUCCGGAGGUUUUUAUCACUCUGUUUAAGACCGCUUAGAGU